AUUGAGAAAGUGACACGAUUAAUUGACUGGCCUCAAAUCAUCGAACCUUGCAUUCACAAGAAAACGCCCUUGCCAACGCCUUCUCUCUAUCUUUCUCUGCAUCAUCUUAGUACCGUUUUCUGAUUAGAGUACUAAUUAAUAAAAAGUGCAGUACAUUUUGUUUGGCUGUGGUGAAAUCUUUAUAGGGUGCGGUAUGAAUUCCACCCCGACGAUGACGACGUCGUCGUCGUCCGAUCCUCAGUCCAUGCCCAACUCAGCAACUCCAACCACUACCGCCACGAACACCGACGCUUACGGGUGCGGGUCUGGCAAGAAGAUCCGAAAACCCUACACCAUAACCAAGUCCCGAGAGAGCUGGACCGAAGAAGAGCACGACAAGUUCCUGGAAGCUCUUCAACUGUUUGACAGGGAUUGGAAGAAAAUUGAAGAUUUUGUGGGUUCGAAGACUGUAAUUCAGAUCCGCAGCCAUGCCCAGAAAUACUUUUUAAAGGUGCAAAAGAAUGGGACAAUAGCACAUGUGCCUCCCCCACGGCCUAAGCGCAAAGCUGCUCAUCCUUACCCUCAGAAGGCUCCCAAAAAUGUUUUAGUUCCUGUACAAGCUUCCAUUGCUUAUCCUUCUUCAGUGAAUUCUCUUGCACCUGGAUAUCCUACAUGGGAUGAUGCUUCUGUGAUCGCAAGUGCUCAAUCAAGUGGAGUGCUGCCUUCCCAAGAUGAGUACAGUCUUCAUGGAGCCGAAGCUGAUAUUGGAUCAAAGGGAGCUACAAGGAUUACAAACAGCUAUAUCACUGGUGUUGGGAGUUCUAGUAAAACGCUUCCAGCUUCUGAAUUACCAAAACAGGAAAAGCAAGGUUCACUUCUUCAUGGUAUACCGGACUUUGCUGAAGUUUAUAGCUUCAUUGGCAGUGUCUUUGAUCCUACUGCUGAGGGUCAUGUGCAGAAGCUCAAGGAGAUGGAUCCAAUAAAUUUUGAGACUGUUUUGCUGUUGAUGAGAAAUCUUACCAUCAAUUUGUCCAGCCCUGAUUUUGAACCAGUUAGAACUGUUCUUUCAUCAUCUGAUGUCAAUACAAAAUGCAUGGGGGUUGCUGCCGGCAAUUUGGUCAAGAACCCAGCCUAUCUACCAUGUUGAAUAUCAUGGUGGUAUUUAUAUUGCAAUAUAGGGGAAAACGCUGCACCUGUUCUGAAAUGCUACACUCUGAGAAUUGAGGUUUUUUGAAGGUUAGAGUGAAUAAUUCUCCAGAGGUAGAACUAUUUGAGGUGAUUACCAGAUGGAAACUAUGUACAUAUAUCUGUGAUCUCCAGACCAGAUAUGGUCUUGUGAUUCAAAGGAAGAAUUGACAAUUUCUCUAUAGUGUACGGUUAGAACUUGUAUAGCCUUUAGUGCAUUGCAGUCUCAAUUUUGUGCAGCAAAAGUAUCCUAUACUGGGGUAGCUUCUUUAGGGUGCGAGUUAUUGUAGUCUUUGAGAUAUAGAAAUGUGAAGGUAGAAGAAGUGAUUCUUGAUUGCUUCAGGAGUAAUGCGAAUAUUUAAUUUCAAUUUGGUCUGCGCUCGAUCAUGGGCACUAGCCGCUGAUGGUAAAAUUUUGCUUCAUGUAACGUUUGAAGUGCAGGAAAUAUGUCAGCUGUCCUCUGAUUACAGUCGGGGCCAAGUUUAGCUUAUUGGGAAGUGCUCUUCAUGGCGUAUGAUUCUUCUCUGUGAAAGUGGCUUCGGUGGAGGAUUUGGAAAGUUUUUCCUACCCGUAAUCUGUAUCCGCAGUUCUUCUGGUUUUUGGCAGUUUGGAUGGUAGCAGUGAUGUGGGGAGCGCGAAUGGAGAUAACAAGAGAACAGUUGAAGGAUGUUAUUCUGUCGUUCCUUCAGCUGCAAAGUUAAUUAAACCUUCCUGUGAACAGAAGUAAAACUUUCUGGUACCGGGAGCAGGAAGAGCAAGCAUCUCAUGUAACUCUCUCUGGCUUUCAUACAGAUGCAGCCCUACUACAUACACAGGUUUUUUUGUAAACUUGACAGUAAUAAAUUGGUCGUGUAAAGUGUUAGUAAAUUCAAGAAGUCACCCUCCAAAAUAUUCGUAUUUAGUUUGUCUGCCAAA